CACAUCUGUCAUGUCAAAGUUAAACUUAGUCAAAAAGUACACUGCGAUGUGAUUGUUUUUUUUGUUUAAUUUAACACAAAACUUACUGAAAGAACGUGUUUUUAGUUGUAUAUUACGAUAAUUAUCAAUUUAAACAUGAAAACUCCGAAAUCGUCGGACAGUGAAGAAGUUACGCCGUCAAAAAAAGUUUUAAAACAAGCACGUCUUCCAUUUACGACAAUAAGUGAUGUAUCGCCGAAAUCUGCUACUCCUCUUUCAAGAAAGCGAAAAUUAUCUCUCCCGGCGCCUGAGCCUGUUACUAAAGUGGGAAAGAUUGUUAAAAAGGAUGAGCAACAGGACAUUUUAGUGAUUAGUGACGACGAGAGUAACACUGCGGCCGAAAUUACGAAAGGUGCCGUUCAUCUUAAUCCUAUCGUUAAAUUAGUAGAUACUGUAUGGAAAAAGAAAUUACAGAAGUCUAAAGGUGCCAAAAAGAGGAAAGGUGGCCCGAAAAAGUCCAAAACUGUUACAAAUGGAUCCGUUGAAAAUAACGAGAAUGCAUGUGAUGAAAAUGAACCUGAUACAGUUGAUUGUGUUGAGAAUAUGGACGUCGAUGGGACAGAGGACGUGGAAAAGAACGUCACAGAAGUCAAAACAAAAGGUACAGAUACUAAUAUUCCACGGGAUAUAGAGGAUAAUUCAAAGAGUUCAGAUAAAGCAAGUAAAAGUGAUGAGUCCAAACUGGGGAAUUUGCCGAAUGAAUCACAUAGUUCUAAAGAUAGUAAAAAUGAUAACAAAAGCUCGAAACUGUCCAAUAAACAUACUAAAACUAAUGCACAUGAGGGAUUAGAUCAAAAAGAUGUAAUUAAGGAGGAAACAAGCCAGCCUAAGUCCCCUAAGGAUGUAUUAAGUAACACAAACCUUGCCAAAUCUCCUAAAAAAGAGGCAGUUGAGAAUGACUUGAUCCUUCAAUCUCCCAAGAGAAGUGAGAGAAUUAAAUCAAAAAUAGAUGACAAAAAUUUAGAUAGUUCGGUCAUUAGUAAUUGUGAUGAAUCACUCAGUUCUGAUCCAUCAACGCCUCGACGUUCUAAUAGAAACCUGUCUCUUACAAAUAGUCAAGGAGAUGUCUCUAUGAAUGACUCGACCAAUACAAAUUUGACACCAAAGCAACUUCAAAAGAAAUUAGAAUCUACAAAGAAAAAAGAAGAAAGAGAAAAGGAAAGAUUAGAGAGAGAAAAAAAGAAACAACUAGAAAAAGAGGAGAGGGAAAAGCAAAGGAAAGAAAAAGAUGAGCAGAGGAAAAGGGAACGGGAGGAGAAAGAAGAGGUAAAGAAGAAGGAAAGGGAGGAAAAAGAGGAAGCAAGAAAAAAAGAAAAAGAGGAGAAGGAAAAACAGAAGGAACUGGAAAAGAAAAUGAGAGAGGAAAAAGAAGAACAGAAGCGUAAAGAGAAAGAAGAAAAGGAGGAACAAAGAAAGAAGGAAAAAGAAGCCAGAGAAGAAGAAAAGAGAAAGAGGCAAGAAGCAUUAGAUCAAGAGAAACUUGAGCAAGAACAAAAGAAAAAGAAAGCUGCAGAGGCCUUUGUUAGUUUCUUUGUUCCGAAACAAAAAGCUGAGAAGGAUCAAGUUACAAUAAGAAGUGUCAGCAAAAACAAUAUGCUCUCAAGUUUCACUAUCAAAUCUGAUAUGAGAUUAGCCCCAACAACUAGAGUUAAUUUAAAUGAUGAUGAAAUGAAAUGUUUAGAUAAUUUCUUACAAGAACAAAAUGUACCCGAAAGGGCUUUGUAUAUAAAGAGUUUGAAGAACGGCUUGAGGAAGCCAUUGACUGAUGUAAAAACUUGGCCAAUAAGUGAUAAGGAUAAUGAUAAUGAUGUUAUGAUCGUUGAAGAUGAGCUGCCUCCACCUGUGGACAGUAUUAGUCAAAUCAUCACAUGUGACUCAGUGCCACAUGAGAAGCUCCGACCCAAACUCCUCGCCUUCCACGACAAUCGGAGACCACCGUACUGGGGCACCUGGAGGAAGAAGAGUUCAUUUAUCAAGGCGAGGCAACCUUUCAAGACUGAUGAGAAACUGCUGGACUAUGAAGUGGACAGUGACGAUGACUGGGAAGAGGAGCAAGACGGCGAGAGUAUAGACGGUAGCGCUGCUGGCAGCGACGACGAACAAGAUGCCGAUGAGUACGAAGUUGACAAUGAAGUCUUUGUGCCCCACGGGUACUUAAGUGACGAGGAAGCCACAAUGGAUGAAGAUGACGUAUUAACACUUUCGCCGGAAACGCAGAAAGCUAGAUUGAAGCAUCUAGAAGAUGAGUUUGAAAACGAAAUGAAAAAGCCGACUGAAAAGUUAAAACCUUGGUUCUAUGGCAUAUCGUGGGAGACAGAGGAUGGUGGAAAACCAGAGAAAUGUGCUGAAUCUAUAUGGAAUUAUUUCGGAAAGUUUGCUAUGAUUAUGGAUGACCCAACCCCACUAUUAGUGCCUUCAAAUGAGAGCGUGGAACCAGAGAAGAAGAAGAUAAAAAAGAAAAAGGCAACAGAAGGGGAGCAACAGAGUCCUAAAAAUGAGAAAAAGAAAAAAUCUAAAGUUGAAGAGAAAGAUGGCAAAAAACCGAAAUUAGACAAUAAAAAACUAAGCCAAGAGGCUUUAAAGAAUCAACCUGGAAUAAAUACAUUUCUGAAAAAAGUAAAAACUUCCUGAUUAAAAAUUAUUAUCAAUUUAUUUCUAGAUUUUUAUGAGUUUUAUUUAAAAUGUAGGCAUUUUCCGAAUGGUCAUGUUCAGUAGAACUAAUGGCAUACUGAGUAACUGAAUGGUGCUUAUUGCUGAACUGGUUUGGAUGGUUAUAAAAGUGUUUUACUUUAUCACCAGAUAUCAUUCAUAGAAGAUUUAUAGUAUGAAUACCAGGUUCAAUAGGAUUAAGGUUUUGUUAGCCAAUAUUAUCUUUUAUAACUAUUGUAUUAUUUAAAUUAUAUUCCCAGUAUAUAAUGUACCUAUACGUUAAUUUAUUUUGUAAACAAAUUUGCACAAAAGCUUAAAUUUUACACAAAAUUGUCAUAGAAUUAUUUUUCAACACAUACAUAAACAAUUCAUUGGACAUUGGUGCUAAUUUUGUUGUAAAAAAUAUCUAAAUAUUUUUCUUUUCUGGAAUCUAGACAGAAAUCUGUAGAAUUUUAACACAAUGAUGUAUCUAUGUUAAAAACGAAAUCUGUCACGCUAGUUUUAGGUAAUUUAUAUUUCUGCCGUGCUAAUGAUAAAUGCGACUUUUGAUACUUUGCUAGAACUGAGUUUCAAACUUGUCCACAAUCUGCAAAAGGAGCUCUAUCUACGACUCUUAUUCGUUUUUUUUUGUCUUUCCAUAUCUAAAAGUCGCCUUUUUAUUAGCAUGGUAAAAAUACAAUAUAUUUUGAUUUACAGAUUUGUUUACAACCAAAUUAGCACAAUUUAUGCUAAUAAUGAUAUGUACAAUGAAAACAUUAAAGAGACUAAAUUGCAAUCCUAUGAAGUAGUGACAUUAUUUUCAAAUACAUUUAAAAAAGGUAAAAAGUAAUGCCAACUUUACUGCCAGUUUUGUUUAUUUAGAAUUAGUGUAUAAUCAUCUUUUUGUGUUAUCUAACAACACAAUGAGAUCAAUAGACAUAUUUUUAAUAAAGGUGAAAUAUAUAAAGUUUAACUAAAAAUCUCAUGGUGAAAUGUCAAUAAAGUGAACAAAUCUAUAGUAAAAGUAAUAGAUGAAAUAUUUCCAUAGUAUUCUUCUCAUAGUAUGAAUAAGUAUUUUAAAUUUGAUUCAGCUCUUUUUAAAAACAAAAACCU